CCAUCAUUUCAUACAACUCACACACGCUAAUAUCACAUUUUACAUAUUUUUAUACAUAGAAACAUUUUCACUCACAUUUCGAGUGUAGCAAGAAGCAUCAAGAACAAGAAAUGAAAGAUCGGAUGGAGCGAUGUGUGGUAUUGCCCUUCUCGUUGGGGUGUUUAACGCAAUCUAGCGUCGCCGUGGCUUCUACACAUCAACACAAGAAACCAAACCAACUCAUCAAGAGAAGAGAAGAAGGUGAUGAAUAUGGCUUGUUUCAAAAAGAAGAUACAAAGAUAGAGAACAACGGUGCUAAUAUUUCAGAUGGUAUCUACAAAAUUAUUCGAAGCUUCAAGAGUUUUGCUCACUUUUUCAUACGUUAUGAAGAGGAGAGAGAAGAGAGAGAGGCGGAGAUGGAGAUAGGGUUUCCGACGGACGUGAAGCACUUGAGCCACAUCGGAGUAGAUGGAACCAUGACCACUUUUGACGUCUGUUCCUCCACCGCCACCUCCUCCUCCUCCUCAUCAUUUCCAUUCGCCGGUUUCCAUCUCACCGCCGUCUGAUUUUCUUCUACCAAAAUCAACUUAAUUACAUUUCUUUUAAUUGUUAUGCAAAUAGUUUCUUAGUCGUAACAGCUUUUUCGGUUGCAAGUAAAUAAAUACCUCAAAGCCUU